AUGGAGGAUCCUUUGAAUCAUCUAGAUGAAUUUGAUAGGCUUUGUGGCCUCACAAAGAUCAAUGGUGUGAGUGAGGAUAGCUUUAAGCUUAGGUUGUUUCCAUUCUCUCUAGGAGACAAAGCUCACUUAUGGGAGAAGACACUACCAACAGGAGCCAUAACCACAUGGGAUAGGUGUAAGAAGGUCUUCUUAGCCAAAUUCUUCUCCAAUGCCAGAACAGCAAGUGAGUACUAUGAUAGAACAGUAAGGUUUGUUGAUUCUGCACAAGAUGAGAAGUAUAAAAAAGACUUGAAGAUUGUUAAUGAUAAGUUAGACAAGAUUCUGCUUAGUCAACAGAAGAACAUUCACUUUCUUGGUGAUGAGGAUACAACAAUUCAAGAUGGGGAGAAUGAGAUAGCUGAGCUGUGUUAUGUGCAGAACCAAGGUGGUUUCAAGCCUUACAACCAGUUCAAGCCCAACAAUCUAUCUUAUAGGAGUACAAAUGUGGCAAACCCACAAGACUAA